AUGGCGGAACUUCGAAUUAUCGAGGAUGUCCAUGUUGAAAGAUCGACAACCAAGGAAGUUCAAGAUGCUCUAGCAAGUCAUGAAGCAAAUAGAGCAGUCAACACAGAGCAUAGCAUGACUCUGUUACAGGGGCUGAAAAUAUAUCCCCAUGCUGUUGGCUGGUCAAUUCUCUUCUCGACUUCCAUUAUCAUGGAGGGGUUCGACGCGAUCUUAAUUGGAAACCUUUAUGCCCUAAACCCUUUUCAACGUCAAUUCGGUCAGAAAAUGUCAGAUGGAUCAUAUCAGUUGACUGCGGCUUGGCAAUCUGGUCUUUCCAAUGGGGCGCUCAUUGGUGAGAUUCUUGGUUUGUUCUUGAAUGGAAUUAUCUGCGACCGAUAUGGUUAUCGAAAAACCAUUACUGGAGCUCUUGCUCUUGUUGUCUGCUUUGUUUUCAUUGUGUUUUUCGCUACGAGCUUGCCUGUGCUGCUUUUAGGGGAGAUCUUGCUCGGUAUACCUUGGGGUGUAUUCCAGACGCUCACCACUGCCUAUGCAUCUGAAGUCUGCCCUGUCGUUCUGCGCCCGUACCUCACAAUCUAUGUCAAUCUGUGCUGGACGAUUGGCCAAUUUAUUUCCUCCGGUGUUAUGAAAGGGGUCAGCCCGCUGGACAAUAAGUGGGCAUACAAAAUCCCAUUUGCUUGCCAGUGGAUUUGGCCUCUCCCGAUCAUGCUAGGUGUACUUCUGGCCCCUGAGUCGCCAUGGUGGUUAAUUCGAAAAGGACGAGUGGGUGACGCAAAGCAUGCACUCUAUCGCCUCACCUCACAAAAUGAUCAGCCAUUUGAUAUAGAAGAAACAAUAUCGAUGAUUGAACGAACGAAUGAGCUCGAAAAGCAACUUACCGAGGGUAUUUCAUACCGUGACUGCUUCAUGGGGUCAAAUCUACGUCGCACUGAAAUAAUAUGUAUGGUAUGGUCUAUCCAGACUCUAUGUGGAAGUACCUUCAUGGGAUACUCCACAUAUUUUUUCGAACAAGCCGGGUUGGACUCCAGCAAUGCAUUUACCAUGUCUCUGGUCCAGUACGCACUGGGUGCUCUCGGAACAAUCUUUUCUUGGUUCCUGAUCAACUGGUUUGGCCGUCGGACACUAUAUUUGAGUGGCCAAGCUAUUCAAGUUGUGCUUCUGGCUAUUGUUGGAGCGCUGGGGUGUGUUCCUAACAGUGGACCUGCCGUACACUGGGCUAUCGGAGGUGUCAUUCUGGUAUAUGCGUUUUGCUAUGAUGCUACCGUUGGCCCAGUCUGUUAUUCUCUUGUUUCGGAACUUAGUUCUUCGCGUCUACGAACGAAGACCAUUGUUAUCGCGCGCAAUGUGUAUAAUGUUGUCGGUAUUGUGACAAAUAUCCUCACGCCGCGCAUGCUGAACCCGUCCGCGUGGGAUUGGGGCGCCAAGGCUGGUUUCUUUUGGUGCGUAAGCUGCUUUGUUUGUUUGACGUGGACAUACUUCAGACUCCCUGAGCCCAAAGGGCGCACUUUUGCAGAGUUGGAUAUUCUUUUUGAGCAAAGAGUCUCUGCUCGGAAGUUUUCCUCUACGGUGGUUCACCCUUUUGAAAGCUUAGAGUCGGCAGCGAUGUCCGAAAAGAAAGAAGAGGAAGAGGCGGUUGAUACAAUUGAGGAUGUUACUACUGUUAGUCGAGAGGGCUGA